CGUUCUGCUCCACCUUCUCGGCUUCCGUCAGAACCUGCUCGACCUGCGCGCGCGUAACGCGAGGCAGCACGAACAGCACGUAUUCCGCUGGAAACGUGUCUGGGGGGGGGGGGUCAAAUGACAUGUUUUCGACGUUUGAUUAGUUCAAGGCCUUUUUGGGCAUUAAAUUAUGUGGACGGCUCGCAUAACACGUCUGCGUUUACUUAACUGUGCUUUGUUGUUUUGGUCUCAUGGCAUUCAUUUUGCAGCAACUAAAUCACAUUCAGACUCGACCGAGUGAAAUUAUUUCAGGAAUUUGAGAUAAAACACCCAAACCAUAGGCGGUUGUAUAACAUCAUACCCAUUUAUAGUCGUCUGUGAAAUUGAGUGGAGUACAGUAUUUGAUGCGUACAAACAGCAGACGUGAGUUGUGAUGGAGCCGUCAGAGUGUCCAGGAUGCAGCUGCUCCUGUCCUGUGUUCUACUGUCCCUUCUCGUAUACUUCCUCCGCGGUCGCAAGGCUGCUGGCAACGUGAUGUCCCCUCAUCCUUACUUUCGCUCCAUGGAACUGGCCACGGGAGGAGAAAGCAGAGAAAUGGACAACGGCAAUGCGGCAGCGCUCCAAAGCCCCGUGCAGACUCCUUGGGGUGCUCCUUUGGUUUGGGGCGACAACCGCAACUCGGUCCGGCGAAGGAGUGAAUUUGCACAGCAACAAAUCCGGAUAGGCCUUCUUUCCCUGGUGGUGGGAACAUAUGCCAAACACGUGAGGCGUUUCAUCUCCUCGGCGGAAAUCUACUUCCUGCGCAAUCAGAUGGUCACUUACUAUAUUCUCACUGAUAAUCCUCGUACGUUCGACCCCCCCAUCAAGUUGGGGCCCGGACGGGAGAUGAAGGUGCUUCCCGUUGCCGAGUUCCCCGGCUGGGACAAGUUGGUCUAUCGUCGUAUGCCCAUUUUGGCUGACACCAUCAAAAACCAAAUUGGCAGGGAGGUGGAGUACAUUUUCUGCGCCGACGUCGAUCAGGAGUUUAUGGCUCCGGUGGAGGAAGAAAUACUCGGCGAGCUGGUCGCCACGUUGCACCCCGAACUCUACGGCAAGCCGCGGAAGGCGCUUCCUUACGAAAAGAACGAAGAGUCGUCGGCUUACGUGAAACAGGACGAGGGCGACUACUACUACACGUCUGAGCUUUACGGCGGGCUGGUUCUCGACGUGUACAGAAUGGCUCUCGGGUGUUCUUUGCUCAUUCUGAAGGACCAGGCAAACAGCAUCGUGGCCGGCGGCCGCGAAGAGAGCUACUUGAACCGAUACUUGAUCACUCACCGGCCGACGUGCGUGCUUUCGCCGGAGUACAACUGGUGGGAUUCGGGCCUGGCUGUGGCCGUGCCCGAAAUGAGGCUGGUCUCGUUGGGAAGGCAAUGUGAGGCAUUCGAUGCCAAGAAGAGAGAAAAGCACCGGUGUUGAGUUGAUGUGCUCUCAUUUGUUUUUGUGCCACGUUCACUUUGCGACCUGCUGCUUGAAAGUCCCGCAGCAGGUCGGACUUGGAGACCCAAAGUUGACGUUCGCCUCUCAAACAUAAGCGAUGAAAAUGGCCGACGACAAGGAUAAGCUCGGGUUUGUUUUGUUUGUAAAGGCAAACUUAAUCUUUGUUUCCCAGGUAUUUUUGAAUCCUAUUUAUGUUGGAUUGCAAUUCUUGUACAACCAAUAAAAAUAAGCAUAUACUUGUA